UUAUAGGUGAUAUUUGAAGGCAGAAAAGGUAAUUUUCAAGGAAUUCCAACCAGACUUUUGAGUACUUAUUAUUUGGAACACCUUGGGGAGUCAUUGAUUUAUUGAAUCAGUUGGUAACAGAAAAUGAAAAGCAGUGUGGCACAUAUGAAACAUUCUUCUGGUCAUGACAGAAGGGAAAACUAUAAUUCAUAUCAGAGGAGCUCCUCUCCAGAAGACAGGUAUGCAGAACAAGAAAGAUCCCCCCGGGAGAGAGAUUACUUUGAUUACAGCAGGUCAGACUAUGAGCGUUCAAGGAGAGGACAUUCUUAUGAUGGCAGCAUGGAAUCACGAAGCAGAGACCGAGAAAUACGCAGAGAAAGAGAACGAGACAGAGAAAAAGAUACGGAUUGGAAAAGAUCCCGGAAAUCCCCAUCUCCUGGGAGAAGAAGCCCAGAAUCUUCAGUAGCCCAGAGUUCUCAGGACGAACCUGCUGCAAAAAAGAAGAAAGAUGAGCUGGAUCCUCUCCUUACUCGUACUGGUGGAGCAUAUAUUCCUCCUGCAAAGCUCAGGAUGAUGCAAGAACAGAUUACAGACAAAAACAGCUUAGCAUACCAAAGGAUGAGCUGGGAGGCCCUAAAGAAGUCAAUCAAUGGUCUUAUCAACAAAGUCAACAUUUCCAAUAUAAAGAUUAUUAUUCAGGAGCUUCUUCAAGAAAAUAUAGUUAGAGGAAGAGGACUGCUGUCUAGGUCUGUUUUGCAAGCUCAGAGUGCUUCUCCAAUCUUCACCCAUGUUUAUGCAGCAUUGGUGGCAAUUAUCAACUCAAAAUUUCCACAAAUUGGAGAAUUAAUCCUCAAGAGGUUAAUUCUUAAUUUUCGAAAAGGCUAUCGAAGAAAUGAUAAGCAACUUUGUCUUACUGCCUCAAAAUUUGUGGCACAUCUUAUUAACCAAAAUGUGGCACAUGAAGUUCUGUGCUUAGAGAUGCUCACUUUGCUCCUGGAAAGGCCAACAGAUGAUAGUGUUGAAGUAGCCAUUGGUUUUCUUAAGGAAUGUGGCCUCAAAUUAACACAAGUGUCACCAAGAGGAAUCAAUGCUAUCUUUGAACGCCUUCGAAACAUUCUGCAUGAGUCUGAAAUUGACAAAAGAGUUCAGUAUAUGAUUGAAGUGAUGUUUGCCGUACGGAAGGAUGGAUUCAAGGACCACCCUGUUAUCCUAGACGGACUUGAUUUAGUUGAAGAAGAUGAUCAGUUUACCCACAUGCUCCCUUUGGAGGAUGAGUAUAAUCCAGAAGAUGUUCUUAAUGUUUUCAAGAUGGAUCCUAACUUUAUGGAGAAUGAAGAGAAGUACAAAGCUAUUAAGAAAGAAAUACUUGAUGAAGGAGACAGUGAUUCAAACACAGACCAAGAUGCUGGAAGUAGUGACGAGGAGGAGGAGGAAGAAGAAGAAGAAGAAGAUGGGGAAGAAAAUGAAGAAGGACAAAAAGUGACUAUUCAUGACAAAACCGAAAUUAAUCUUGUCUCAUUUCGUCGUACAAUAUAUCUGGCUAUCCAGUCAAGUUUAGAUUUUGAAGAAUGUGCUCAUAAGUUGCUGAAAAUGGAGUUUCCUGAAAGUCAAACAAAAGAACUCUGCAAUAUGAAAUACUUGAUGCUGUGCCCAACAAAGGACAUAUGAGAGAAAUUUUUUGGCUUAUUAGCUGGCGUUUUUUGCAUGCUAAAAAAAAGAAUAUAUGAGCAAUCUUUUGAAAGUAUAUCAAAGAGCAAUAUUGAUACCAUCCAUCGCUUGGAAACAAAUAAACUGCGAAAUGUUGCCAAGAUGUUUGCUCACCUUUUAUACACUGAUUCACUUCCAUGGAGUGUUCUUGAAUGUAUAAAACUGAGUGAAGAAACCACUACAUCAUCUAGUAGAAUCUUUGUUAAAAUAUUUUUCCAGGAACUGUGUGAAUAUAUGGGUCUUCCUAAACUUAAUGCAAGAUUAAAGGAUGAAACCCUACAACCCUUCUUUGAAGGAUUAUUACCCCGAGACAAUCCAAGAAACACUCGGUUUGCCAUCAACUUCUUUACUUCAAUAGGGCUUGGAGGCUUAACGGAUGAAUUGCGAGAGCAUCUCAAAAAUACACCAAAGGUCAUUGUGGCACAGAAACCAGAUAUUGAGCAAAAUAAGUCCUCCCUGACCUCUUCAGCAUCGUCCUCAUCAGAGUCCAACUCGUCUGACUCUGACUCUGAUAGCAGUGAGAGCAGCUCAGAGUCCUCCAGUGAAGACAGUGACUCUUCAUCCUCCAGUAGUCAGAGCUCUGGUUCAGCUAAAGAUACAAGAAAGAAGGGACAAGGAAAGAUCAGGAGUAAAGAAGUAGAUAAAUUGAUCAGAAACCAACAAACAAACAAUAGAAGACAAGAAGAAGGAAGAGCAGAACAAAGGCAUCAGGAAACAAGGACUGAGAGAGAAAGAAGGUCAGAAAGACACAGAGGUCAGAACUCAAGAGAUCCAAAUUGGAGAGAUUCUGUAAUAAAACACAUGUCAGACAGAAGUGUUCCUUUUGAAGGAAAUACUUACAGUAGAGUUGGGAAUGACCGAGACCAAGAAAUGCACAUAGAUUUGGAAAAUAACCGUGGAGAUCCAAAAAAGAAGAGAAGAGAGAGAAGAAAUUCUUUUUCUGAAAAUGAAAAGCACAGAAUCCGAAAUCAGGACAGUGAAAAUUUUAGAAGAAAAGGUAGAUCAAAGUCAAGGGAAAAGAAUAGAAAACAUUCAGGCUCUAAAAGUGAUGAAGACAGGUAUCAGAAUGGUACCGAGAGGCGAAGGGAGAAAUCUAGCAGGCAUUCUGAACGUUCCAGAGAAUCAAGGGAAAAUCGGGAUCGAAGAGAAAAGUCUCCAACAAAGCAAAAAUAACUACAAAAUAUCAAACGGAACAUGCCUUAUACUCAGUUCAAACGUAGUAUUUUUUACAUUGGUGAACUUUAUAGAGAACUCUUGUAUAAAAUACUUGUUUGUAUUUGUAAAUUUUGAAAAUGUUUUCAUUUCAACAAGUUUUAUAAUUGAUGCAUCUCAAGACCCUCCCAGUAAAACUAUUGGAAAAGUUCCACAGAAAGGAAAUGUAAGUUUUGCGUAUAUUUUGUGAAUAAAAUGAUCAAAUGUUCAUCAAAUCAGUGAUUUUUUUCAUUGACAAAAAUGUUUUUUUCUAUAAUAAUGUUUCUAGUUAUAAGCAUUGUAAUUUUUAGCGGCUUUUUAUAUAUAACUGAAGACCAAAAUAGAUGAACCAUUUCAGUUUAAUUAAGU